AGCAGGGAGAACCAGCCAGACAGCAAGUCAGAGCCCAGGCAGCUGUCCUGGGUGGCACAGCUCGGCUCCAGGCUCGCCAUGAGGGGUUCCAGGGACAUUCUGCUCUCUCUCUUUGGAACGGUGCUGCUCUGCCUGACAGGGUCCCGAGCCCUGCAGUGCUACAGCAUGGAGCACAUCUACUUCGGGCAGUUUGACCUCCGUGCCCUGCAGCUCCCCAACGUCUCCUGUUCCCGCGCAUGCUCUGAGGUUGUCAUGUCCCUGGACACUGGCUACCGCACCCCGCUGACCGUGGUGCAGAAGGGCUGCUGGGAGGGCCCGGUGACCGGCGAUAUGCACUCGCUUGAGAGAUCGCUGCCGCCGGACUACACGGUAGUGCGUGGCUGCGAAGCUGACCUCUGCAACGCCAAACUCCAGACCCACGACAGCAUCCCGGACCUGAGCCGAGCCCCGAACCCACAGACGCUCAGCGGCACGGAGUGCUACGUGUGUUUGGGGGUCCACCCCGAGGACUGCUCAGUGGAAAAAUCCCGCCGGGUGCGGUGCCAUCGGGACCAGAGCAUCUGUUACCAGGGCAGUGGCCGAAUGAACACCGGCAACUUCUCAGUCCCUGUGUACAUCCGAACCUGCCACCGGCCCUCCUGUGUCGCCGUGGGCACCACCAGCCCCUGGACAGCCAUCGACCUCCAGGGCUCCUGCUGUGAAGGCAACCUGUGCAAUGGGGGCUCCCUGGACGUCCUCACAGCUGCGGCCCCCGCCCCACCCCGGGCACCCCACUCGCUGGCCCUGCUCCUCAUGACUGCCCUGCUGGUCAGCGCUCUGGGGGCACCCCUGGGGCUCUCCGGGUAGAGGAUGCUGGGCGGGUACCUGCACCUCCUGCUCACCGUGUCAGCCUGUCCUGGGCCACUGGAGAAGGUGGUGCAGACAAGAGGCGGCUCCUGUCCUCCUGGCCAUGGUCCUCCCCGUCCCCCUCUCCUGCUUCCCCUCCCCCACCCUGCCUGCAGCUGGUCAGCGGGGCUGGAGGAAACGGCCCUGUCCCUGCCUCCAGGGAGGGGAGAGUCACCCACGCCCUGCCCACCUGAAAACCAGUCCAGAUAACAGGUGGUAUGCCAGGCACUGCGACACGGUCUCCUGGGCUCUCCCAGCCGCGGCUGUAGGACAGCCAGCGCGGUGUCUCUAGCAGCAUCUCCCUGAGUGGCACAGAAAGCCGUUUCCUAACUGUGAGAAGCUGGGCUGCCUGGGUGGGAACCCGGCUCCGUCCUUCAGCCUGGGGGUGACCAGGAGCAAGGUGUUUAAACUCUCUGUGCCCCGUUUCCUCACCUGUCCGGUGGAGGUGAAAGUAAAGUCUGUGAUGAUGACG